AUGCAGCGAUCUUCGGGAGUCGAUAUUGAAUGCGCAGUUGCAUUAGGUAAGGCAUACAAGGCGAUGCGUGGUCCACAGCCUAACGAGAUGAAUGAUAUGGUUGAUCGCUCGGGUUCUUCUAAGUACUCUGUGGUCGGUAUGAAAGAUAAGAAAAUUUUGCAAAGUGUUAAGUCAAAUGAACAUCGAAACUUACACCAAGUAACGAACCAAGUAGACACCGCCCAACCUCCAUAUUUCCCUACCCAUAUGCCAAUGAACACGUGUGAGCAACAAACUGCUGGUUGUAGCGUAACUCCGCCUAGCAAGGAGAGUACAGGGAGGCCUAAGUUUGAUCACUCCGGUGAUUCGUGGAAACCCCAUCCAACGAUUAACGAAAUGGUUAGCCUGAUAUGGCAGCUAAAGAGGCUUCUGUUGGACAUUCUUAUGAAGGAAGAUGGCUGUUUUUCGCAAACAUGGAUCCAAUCAGCAUCACAACUUCAGAGCAUCUGUGAGAAGUUUUUUCUCACAUCUCUUCCGUCAUUUAUGACAACUGCGGGCGCAUCAUCGAUCCCUGAAGAGCUUAAUUGUACAGCUGCUAUUUUGGAGUUUAUCCGAGGGGUUAAUGGGAAUGACUGUGGUUUGCUAAUGCACCAGUACUCGAUAAUGACGAGGCGUGUAGCUCAGUGUAUUUUGCAUCUUGCUACUGCUGAGAUCGUUCGACGUAAAACCCCUGGGUGCUACCGAGAUGUUAUUAAGAGGCAAUGCCACUUCCCAUUGGUAGCUACUUACGGACAUUGUGCAUACCAGCCCGCUCCAAUCGGUAUUAUUGGUCCUCAUGAUUUUCGUUGGGUUUACCCUGACGUGAACCGUCAUGGUAUUGUAAGUGGAGGUCCUUACGCACCUACGGCGACCCAUUUCCAGACGCCAACCUACCCGAGCACAAUGGUCCCAAUAUCUCCUGUCUACAUACCUCAAUACCAGCCUUAUGCUUACCCGAUGGGUUCUGCGAAUGGAUAUGUUCAGGAUGUAGGUCAACGACAAGAUAUGCCAAGGAUGGAUGAGCAGUUCAAUGCUCCUAUGGCCGAGAUGGGGCAGAACCAGAUGGAAAACAUGUGUCAAUAUGUGCCAGUGCAAGAGAACAACCAAGCCGCCUACGCCCCCGUAGAGGAGCCUAGCAGCUCCACAAUGGCUAGUACCCGUAGCAGGGACAGGCCAUUUUUUGUAGGACCAUGGGAUGUAUACAGGGAGGAACUGACACCUGAAGGUAUAUAUCCUGCUGGGUGGACUAAUGCUACUGGUACUUCCAGCAGUACCGCACGAAAAGAAUGA